ACAUUGUGGUUGUUACAAAGUGAUUUUCUUUGUAGAAUGGACAAGAACACUUAUGAGACAUACGAGUAUUUACCAAUCAAUAACGAUGAUAAUGACGCUAGCCAAUUUUUCGUCGUUCAAGAGGACGGCACAUUUCUUUCAAUUAACAAGCCAGUACAAUUUGUAACUCAAGUUCAGGAUUCUAAACAAACUUUGGAUGGGACACAACCCUGUGCAGUAUACGAUGUCAACCCACAACAGUUUUAUGUUAAUGUGGAUAAUACAUCUGAACUAAUAUCUGUACCCGAUCAAUUUGUUAUACCUGAGGGAGAAAAUAACAUUUACACAAAUAGUUACUUGUUGCAAGCUGUCGAAAAUGAAAAACAAGAACAGAUGGAGCAAGAUAAUGUUAGUCAAAAUAAAGAAGUAACAGUAAGUAAUGAAAGUGCAGUAGAAGAGGAAUAUAUUAAAAUUGAAAAUUCUGAGAGUAAAAAUGGCGAUUGUACCGAGAUAACGUUAAAUGAUGAGCAGUACCAAUUAUUAGAGAAAAAAGGUUGGUUAUUAUUAGAAAUUAGCGAAAGAAUAUUUUUAUUGGACACUUUAGGGCUACGUGACAUCACAGAUGAUGAAAAAUUAAUUGAGAAAUUGAAACAUGAAAUUGAGACUGAUAACAGUGAAGAGACACCAGCCAGCUCGAUAAAAGUAGAAAAAAGUUCAUCAUAUGAAACGUCUAAAAUAGUUGAUGAAAAAUUACAAAAUAGCGAUCACAACACUGAUGACACAGUGAACUUUGUGAUUGAGGGCGAAGAUGUAAUACAAGAUAAUGAAAAUUCACAAGAUACAUCAACUUACUAUGAAAAUGAAGAAGAAAUAUGUCAAUCUCAAGUAAUUUUUAAAGAGGAAUCAAAUGAAAACGGCCAUUUAACAUCUACCCAAAGUCCUCAUGAUUAUGUGAGACUAAAUUCCGUUAAAGGCACAUCAGUAAAAAGAGAAAACAACGCACUUAAAAUAAAAACGUGCUUUUCUUUUAAAGACAUUCCACCACAAAUAGUAUUAGGAAAAACUAUACAUGGUAAGAAAUUAGUUGCAAGCGUUAGAACUGAAAAAACCAACAAUUUAAGUAAAAAUUCAAAGCAAACAAAUUCAUUUAAAUCUGGACCUGGACAAUGUAAUACAGGUUUGGAUGAAGCCAAAUUUAAAAAUUUAAUACAAGAAGCUAUUUGGGGUACUGGAGAGAAAUGUACUAUGAAGGAUGUUACUGCUGCUGAAAUUGUUGUUGAGCAACUGCUAAGGGUACCUACUUUUCGACCAACUGUCUUGGAGCGACGCCUGAUUAUUACCAAAAUGGUAAUACAAGAAUAUGAGCAAUCCGGCAAAAUGUAUGCCGAAAGUAUUCCAACAUUAGUCACUGGACAAGUUGUAAGAAACGGCUCUAAAAUGAGUUUCCUUUACAUACCUGAUAUGCUGCAAUUAUCUGCGGAAGAUGAUGAAAAUGAUGAUAUGAACCAAAGAAAUAAAGACCCUGAUGAUGACCACUAUCUGCAUAUCCAUAUAAGAGAAUUAAAAGGAAUAGAUGGUAUUACAAGAAUUUCCAUAACACUAAAUAAACGACAUAUACCUUUAAAGGAUGUGAAUGACGGUAACAAUGUUAGACAAAAACUGAUAUACGCAUGUAGUGCUUGUGCCGCAGUUUAUAAAACUGAAGAAGGACUUAAGUUGCAUCAGGAGACUGAAUGUAUGGAAAUAGAUGACGUGUUAACUAUUGAUGCUGAGAACACAGACAUUGAAUACACAAUUGUAGGUGUUGGUAAAGACAAAAAAUAUAUUUGUAACCAAUGUAAUGCUUUAUUCACAAAACUAAGUAAUUGUCAAAAACAUCUUAGCACACAUUAUAAACAAGAAGAAGAAAUGGAUGAUAGCGAGAUGGCAUCAAAUCAAAGUAGCAAUGAAGAAACAAAGAAGGGGUUUGGUAAUUUUAAAUGCAAAAUGUGUCCCAGCACAUAUUUUUAUGCAUCAACACUCUCAAAACACAUUGUAUCCAAACAUAUAAAAAUUAAGUCAUAAUAAUAAAGCAUUGACAUGAAAA